ACGGGGGCGGUUACCAUGGGAACGGCCCGAACUCCUGGGUCCCUCCCCGAACUCCUGGGUCCCUCCCCGAACGCCUGGGUCCCCCCCGAACGCCUGGGUCCCCCCCCGAACGCCUGGGUUCCCCCCGAACGCCCGGCUUCCUCCCGAACUCCUGGGUCCCCCCCCGAACUCCUGGGUCCCUCCCGAACGCCCGGCUUCCUCCCGAACUCCUGGGUCCCUCCCGAACUCCUGGGUCCCCCCCAAACGCCCGGGUUCCUCCCGAACUCCUGGGUCCCUCCCUGCACUCCUGGGUCCCUCACAGACACCUAGGUUGUUAGAAUAUGUGCGUCCCUGGGGUCUAUGGGGCCCGGACGCCUGGGUCCCCUCCCGAACUCCUGGGUCCCCUCCCGAACUCCUGGGUCCCCCCCCGAACUCCUGGGUCCCUCCCGAACUCCUGGGUCCCCUCCCGAACUCCUGGGUCCCCUCCCGAACUCCUGGGUCCUCCCCCGAACUCCUGGGUCCCUCCCGAACUCCUGGGUCCUCCCCUGAACUCCUGAGUCCCCUCCCGAACUCCUGGGUCCCUCACGGACGCCGGGGUCCCUGGGAUAUGAGGGUCCCUGGGGUGUGUGGGUCCCGGACGCCUGGGUCCCUGGGAUAUGAGGGUCCCUGGGGUGUGUGGGUCCCGGACGCCUGGGUCCCUGGGAUAUGAGGGUCCCUGGGGUGUGUGGGUCCCGGACGCCUGGGUCCCUGGGAUAUGAGGGUCCCUGGGGUGUACGGUCCCGGACGCCGGGGUCCCUGCAGGCCCCAUGGCGGAGGCGGAGCGGGGGCAGGGCGGGGGCCCCCUGGCGCUGCUCAAGGCUCGGGCGCUGGACGUGACGUUCGACGUGGGGGACGAGUACGAGAUCAUCGAGACCAUCGGCACCGGCGCCUACGGCGUCGUCAGCUCCGCCCGGCGCCGCGACACCGGCCAGGCGGUGGCCAUCAAGAAGAUCCCGAACGCGUUCGACGUGGCCACCAACGCCAAGCGCACGCUGCGCGAGCUCAAGAUCCUCAAGCACUUCAAGCACGACAACAUCAUCGGCAUCAAGGACAUCCUGCGCCCCACGGUGCCCUACGCUACGUGGUGCUGGACCUGAUGGAGAGCGACCUCCACCAGAUCAUCCACUCGUCGCAGCCGCUGUCGCUGGAGCACGUGCGCUACUUCCUGUACCAGCUCCUGCGCGGGCUCAAGUACAUCCACUCGGCCAACGUCCUGCACCGCGACCUCAAGCCGUCCAACCUGCUGGUCAACGAGAACUGCGAGCUCAAGAUCGGCGACUUCGGCAUGGCCAGGGGGCUGGGGGGCGACCCCCGGCACGCCAAAGCCUUCCUGACCGAGUACGUGGCCACGCGCUGGUACCGCGCGCCGGAGCUGCUGCUGUCGCUUCACCGCUACACGCGCGCCAUCGACAUGUGGUCGGUGGGCUGCAUCUUCGCCGAGAUGUUGGGGCGCCGGCAGCUCUUCCCGGGGCGCAACUACGUCCACCAGCUCCAGCUCAUCAUGGCGGUGCUGGGCACGCCGCCCGCCGCCGUCAUGGCCGCCAUCGGCGCCGAGCGCGUGCGCGCCUACGUGAAGAGCCUCCCGCCGCGCCCGCCGGUGCCGUGGGAGAGCCUGUUCGGCGACGCCGAGCCCGCCGCGCUGGCGCUGCUGGGCAGGAUGCUGCGCUUCGACCCGCGCGAGCGCGUCGGGGUGGCCGAGGCGCUGGGCCACCCCUUCCUGGCCAAGUACCACGACCCCGAGGACGAGCCCGAGUGCGUCCCGGCCUUCGACUUCGCCUUCGACCGCCGCGCGCUCACCAAGGAGGAGAUCAAGGCGGCCAUCGUGGCCGAGAUCGAAGACUUCCACGCGCGGCGCGACGGCAUCCGCGGGGCGCUGGCGCCAGCCCAGCGCGCGCACAACGUGGCCGCCGGGAGGGCGGGAGGCGCCGGAGGGGCCAACGGCGACGUCGGCACGGUCAACGUGGUCAACGGGGCCAACGGCGGCGCCAACGCGGUCAACGGUAGCGUCAAUGCGAUCAAUGUGGCCAAUAGUAGCGUCAACGCGGUCAACAUGGCCAAUGGUGGCGUCAACGCAGUCAACGUGGCCAACAGUGGCGUCAGUGUGGUCAACGUGGUCAACGGUAGCGUCAACGUGGUCAACGGUAGCGUCAACGCGGUCAACGUGGUCAAUGGUAGCGUCAACGUGGUCAACAUGGCCAACGGUAGCGUCAACGCCAACGUCAAUACAGUCAAUACCAACGUCAACGCGGUCAACGUGGUCAACGGUAGCGUCAACACCGAGAUCACCGUGGUGAACGCCGAGGCCAACGUGGUCAAUGUGGUCAACGCCAACGUGGUCAACGCCCAAGUCAACGCGUCAAAGAUCAACGCGGCCAAUGUCAACGUGGGCGCCCCCACUGUCAGCGUGGCCAACGUCAACGUCGCGGCGGCCACCGCCGCCCCCGCGUGGCCAUGCGCUGACGUGGACAUGCCCAGCCCCGCCCCCGCCCCCGACUGCCCAAUGGGGUCCCCGCGGGUGAAGGCGGAGCCGGGGGCCCCGCCCAAGCGCGACGGCGCCAUCUCGGACGACACCAAGGCCGCCCUCAAGGCGGCGCUGCUCAAGUCGGCCAUGAGGAACAAGAGCAAAGACCCCCCAUUGGCCGCCGCGGACGCCGCUGACGUGCGCAAGCCGGUGACGGCGGCCGAGCGGCAGCGCGAGCGCGAGGAGAAGCGGCGGCGGCGCCAGGAACGCGCCCGCGAGCGCGAGAAGCGGCAGCGGGAGCGCGAGCGGCGCCGGGAGCCGCGCGGCCUGGUCCUGAGCGACGACGACCGCCACCUGCUGGAGCGCUGGACCCGCAUGCGCGACCGCGCCCGGCCACGCCCCCCGGCCCCGCCCGCCGACCCGGCCCCGCCCACCGCCCCCGAGCACGGGCCCCACGCCGCGGGUCCCCAACCGUGGCCGGAGCCGCCGGCCGACCCUGAUGUGGCCACCGUGACACAGCAGCUCUCCAAGUCACAGGUGGAGGACCCGCUGCCCCCCGUGUUCUCGGGGACCCCCAAGGGCAGCGGCGCCGGUUACGGGGUGGGCUUCGACCUCGAGGAGUUCCUGAGCCAAUCGCUGGACGCCGUGGGCGACGCCAAGGACAGCCAAGCUGAUUCGGCGCCGCUGUCGGCCUCGCUGCUCGCUGAUUGGCUGGAGGUCCAUCGGCUCAGCCCCGCCUCCCUCGAGAGCCUCCAGCGCGACCUGGGCUCCCCCAUGCUGCUGGCCGACGACCUUUGACCCCCGACCCCCCACCAGGGGACCCAGGCGUCCGGGCCCCGCCCACCCCCCGGGGGGGGCUUUGGCUCCUCCCACUCGGCGCUUUGGCUCCGCCCACGUGAUUAAAUUGGUGAAACGA